CUCAAAAUUUUAACUGUCUUUUGGUUUACUGUCCUGAAAGCAUAUCUGUGAUACUGGGUCUAACCAGGCGACUACGGGUAGACUAAACAAUGAACAUCUGGUUCUAUCUCCUUGUUCUGGCAGCCUUAGCUGUAGUUGAUGUAGCAGCCUUAUCUACAGCUACAACAGAUAGCACAAUCUCAACUACAACUAUAACUGACAGCACAGCCUCAACUUUAACAGACAGCACAGCCUCAACUAUAACUGACAGCACAGCCUCACCUGCAGCUGACAGCACAACCUCAAUUUCAUCUGGAAAUGAUGGAAAAUCCACAAGUACAGCUACAACAAAUAGUACGAUAUCUGCAAUUAAUUCUGACCCCAGUAUAACUACCAACUCCACGACGUCUGAUCAUUCACAAAGUUCUAGAAUGUCAGCGCUGUCUGGAUUCGUGAUGAUUGCGUCUGUGUUGUUGAUCAAGAUUUUCUCAUAAAAUAAUUUUUUUUUAUCUGAAUUAAUACCAUAGUGUUUAUAGCCUGAGACUAAUUCGAAAUGAUAUGUCUUUGAAGGAUUUAAACAAAUCUUUUAAAUGGACCUCAUUCAUCUGAAACACCUUUGAGUCACGUGCUUCCGUAUCUAUUCUAUACAACUUAUGACCUAAUUCUAAUAGAACAAGUGACCAUAUUUUUUCGUUGUUUUAACAGAAGUCAUCACGUGACCCCUCGUUUUAGUGAAUGAGGUCCAUAUAUGUGAUUUAUUUUAAUAGAUGACUGAAUAACGAAUUAUGAGCAAAUUUAAGUAUUAACUGUACAACAAAAUACGGUAACAUCACCUGAUAAGUAUAAAUAUAUAUCUUAGCUGUGAUAAAAUAGUCAAUGUUGUUAAAUUCACACACGAAAAUAUACUGUGUAAAUUUAAAUAAUCAUAGUGUGUAACAAUUAUGUUUGCUUAAAAUUGUAACUUAAAUACGUCCUAUUAUUUCAUUAUAACAAUAUAAUAUAGUUUCAGGUAGAAUGGGGUAAAAAAUGCGUAAAUGGUUAAAUAAAAAAUGAAUUUAUUUAAUCAACAUACGAUAUCUGAUAUUAUGUGAUUAUCAAGUCGGCUCCACGGUGUUUUUGGAAGAUCGACUCUAUUCCACUCCACAAUUAUUGGUAAAAAUGAUAUUGCGUAUAUUUAUUUAUAAAUCCUUUUUUUUAAAUUGCAGUAGGCCUAUAUAUAAUACAAAAUAUUUAUCAAAAUGAAACAAAAUCUACUUUAGAUGUUAAAAAUGUUACAUAAAAGAACAUUUUAAAUUUUGUCUUCAUAGAAUGUACUUAUACAUGUUAAACAAUUAAAAGCUUGUGAUAAAUAAAUGUUAUUUAUUGGUAUACGACACUU